AUGAACGGCGAUGCUGGUCUCGUCGGGUGCCUGGUUGACAGACUUGCUACCAGGCUCCCUCACAGGACAGGAACCCACGGCCAAGAACUUCAACAAGACGACAUCGUCAUCAUCACAAGGUCCACACUUGUUAAGAUUAGCACUACCGCUGCUGCCUCUGUGCUGGACUCCCUCGUCGCCCUCCUCGAAGAUAUAAUUCGAAACUACAAAGGGCUUCCUCCGCCUACUCAUCCUCCUCACGUCCUCCUCUCCGAGAUAUACAUACUAGCCUUGGCUGCCGACUGCUGUACCGCCCACUGGGAUCAUGUCAAGUCGCAGCAACGUCAGCCUGCCGUUGAUUCGGGGACGCGUCGCAACUCUCCUACACAAGCUCCUGAGCCCUUGGACGAAGCUCUCGUUACCCGCAUCUUUGAGUUGCUCAAGUGGCUCGUGGAACCUAUACCUGAAGGAUUCGCCCUCCCAUCAUCCACUAUUUUAGACGAUGAAACGAGACAAACCGCCAACCCAGUAUUCAGCCCUCCAAGCGGCAUCGCUUCGCCGCUGCUUGUUGGAACCUACAGCUCUGAAGACGAAACUCUAUCCACUUCUCAUCUGGCGAUCAUGGAGCCUUGCAUCAGAGUCAUUGUCGAAUACGUUACCGCCUCCACUUGGUCAAGCUCUUUUGACUACUUCAGAAACGUGGUGUACACGGUUCGUACUGCCGCCGUUGUGCAAGCGGCACCGGGGCAAUCUGCUACUGCCCCAGAUGACGACAAGGCGGCUCUGUCCGUUCUCAAGAUUCUGUCCUUCUUUUGGGUGGAUGCACAGAAGCUGGGACUCAUCAUCCAGGAGAUUUGCUCCAGCUUCCUCCAUUUUCGGAAGACGUUCCAGAACACUGUCGCUGUGGUGGCACCCCUUCUCAUCACGCGCUGGUUAGAACGGUAUCCCCAUGAGUUUGUGCAGCAACAUACACUACAUAAACGUCUCGACGGCGGCGCUGACACACUUUUCGACAUGACACAGACUGUUGUAGAUAAUGGACGGAAAAAAGGAGUGCUUUAUCCGCUCCAGACCACCCUACUGUUUCUUCUGCCAGACGUUUUUGAAGUGGCUAGCAACCUGCGAGAUGCGAAGAGCGGGAGCAUGGCCAAGAAGGUCGGGUUUCUGGACGGCUUGCGGAAAGCAUUGAGGAACAAAAACGAACAGGCGGCAUACUCUCUCGUCUCUUUGCUCAGAGCUGCUCGACACUUCGUUGCUGAGGACGACGCUGCGCUCGUCAGCUACGCCAUGGAUGUACAAGACGAGGUCAGAGAGGCAGUUUUUCGUCGUGGUAGCAACGAUGCCUCUCUUCUUGACCAGGACCUAAUGACAGCGGCAUUUGUUAGUUUAGCACAACUGAGUCCGGACAGUUGUGUUGAUUCUCUCCAAUCAUAUCUAAGCCCUUCUUCGCCACAAGCCUUCAAGACCGCCGUGGUGCAGGGCUGCCGAUACUUUGCGCGCCAAGCCGACUCGUAUAGGUACGAGCAGAUAUUCGCGGUGGCGGGGCCGUAUAUGCGAGCUCAGCUGAAGGCCGUAGCGGACUUGCCGACAGAAACCACUGCCACUGUACUUGCCAUGCCCCGGCGUGAUUCAAACCUUCACUCCUCCACGAACAUGGCGUGCGACGUGCUCAAGUUUCUUGAUGCGUCCCCACACUCGCUUUUCAACGCAGAUGGAUCCGGCGAGCCAGGUGCGGGUGCUGCAGAGGAAGAUGCCUUCUUGUCCUUCCUAUCGUGCGUUGUGUCUGAACUUGCGGAGUUGCCCGAUGACGUGCCUGAAGUAGAAGCCGCGUCUUCUAGACUCGAGACGACCUUGCUUGUAUCUCUGUGUUCCGCAGACGUUGACACCUGCCAAACUGUGACUUCAUGCAUCGGUAUUUUCUACGAAGAGAACAAACUUGCUGGCGUCUCUUCGGACGCUGCGAAGACAUUUGCCACAUUACUCCGAAACGGCGAGGUGUAUGGGGAGAUCGCGUCACGAGCCUUCCGCUUCACUGGACUGGUUGCCUUUCAGAAGAGAGUUCGCGGACUGCUCCGACGACUGCAAUACCCAACCAGCGGUAUCCUUUCAGCAUGGGAGUAUGGCUUCGAAAGGUGGCUUCUUCUCUCCAGGGAGGUGUCCAUGGCCGCGCUUGAUGCGGUUGACGAACGGACUUUGACGGAAUGGCGCAAUUACUCCGGCUUCUUGGCAUCGCUCGGGGGAAUUUGUACUGCAAACCAAGCAAUCAUCAUGGAAGAGCCAGCCAUCAGUGGUCUAAGGUGGAUCGAUAGGCUGCCAUCCGAAAACCACGAGGAACCUCUGCUUGGUCGAUAUCUCAAGUUGAGCAUUCAACUACUCGGCUGUGCGAGCGUCAGGAUUAGGGAGGCUACAAGGGAAGUCUUGUCCAGCGAAGUCUCGUCCACACUCUAUCAGUCUCUGUUCAGAGCACUAGAAUCUGAACUCGAGGUCCUGUUCACCGGCGCACUGGCUCCGAGCGACAAAGCCCAAGAUGUUGAGAUCAUCUUCGCUGAGCAGGCCAUAUCGCUUUUGAAAGCUUUGGUGGAGCGUCUUGAGAGCCCUUCAGACCUUGGUGCAGCCUCCUCCAUUCACCUAGGAGCGCUCGCUCUCAACUUUGCCAAAUUCUUAGACGGCGUCAAUGACAGUACCAACACCUUGCGCGUCAAGAUCAAGGUGUGCCAGUUGUGCGAGGCUGUCACUAAGAGGAAGGAGCAUUUAAAUCUGAGAGACGACGUGCGCAUCCGGAACCAGCUUCUUGAGUACAUUUUUGGCUGGAUUGCUCGGCCCCGCUCCCCGCGACUUGACUCAACAGCUAGCACAGGCGGCCGCCUAGAUGAGAUGGUGAGGGUGCAGAAAGACCUUGAUAGAGCUUCUCUCAGGUCACUAGCUGAGCUUACCUUUCGUCUUCCACUUCAACCUGGGGAGGGUCAAACCGACGCCGGCAUGAGUGAGCUCAAGUCACAAAUGUUUCACACCUACUUCAAUCGGUUCCUAUCAUUGCUCAACCACGAAUCUCCCGAGAGUGGGAGGAGCGACCAUCCGGCUGGAAUUGCAAGCCGAGACGAGGGCACCCCGACUUCAGAACUUGCCAUCACCAUUCUCUCGAACCUGCUGAGUGCGAAUAUCGAUGUUGGUCUGAAACACUCUCUAAAUAUUGGUUAUCACGACAACGUCGAAAUCCGGACGGCUUUUGUUAAGGUCUUGUACAACAUACUCAUACAAGGGACGGAGUUCAGUAACCUGACUGACGCUGCUGUGAGCGAGAAGUACGAUGAGUUGCUAGAGUUAUUAACCAAGGACAUGACGCUUGUUGCCGCUAUGAGUGCCGUGUGUCCAAGCAGUGAAGUCGACGAAUUAACUGUAUCUUUGCUCACCAUUUUCGAGCAUCGGGGCCUUAGCUUUGAGUUGUUGGAGGUUCUCAUCAAGCAGGAAAUCGAGGAAACAGAUAACGAAUCCGAGAUCCUUAGGCGAACCUGUGUCGCCACGAAGAUGCUGUCCGUCUACGCGAAGUGGAAGGGACAGCCAUAUCUCAAGGCAACGCUGCAAAAGGUCGUAGAGAGAUUGAUGCUUACAUCAAAGGAUCUAGAUCUCGAGCUGGAUCCUGCCAGGGUCAGCUCCACAGAUGAGUUGCAGAAGAACGCCCUCCAGCUACGGAUUGUGGCUAAAGUAUUCAUCGAUGAUAUCUGCGCAUCCUCGACGAGCAUGCCAGCGUCGUUCCGCAAAAUUUGUAACAUCAUAUCCACUGCUGUGCUGCCGAGGUUUCAGGAGGCCAAGUACACCGCCGUUGGGGCUUUUGUCUUCCUUCGCUUCUUUUGCCCAGCAAUUGUUGCCCCUGAGGUUGAGGGCCUAGUGACAACGACGCCCUCUAAGGAGAUGCGCCGAGGCCUGCUCCUGAUUGCCAAGGUCAUUCAAAAUCUGGCGAACAACGUCCUUUUUGGGGCGAAAGAGCCUUACAUGUUUCCUCUGAAUGACUUUCUCACGCAAAACAUCUAUCGAGUUACUACCUUCCUUCGCGAGAUAUCUGUGGCUCCAGAGACGAUCGACAGUCCGCCAAGCAUCGAGUCGUUUGAUUUCGGUUCCUGUGUUGCCCUCCAUAGAUUCCUCUACGAUCACUGGGACCAUAUGCGGCAGAGGCUCGUCACCCAGGAACGCAAAGAUUAUGUGCGAUCGCCAGCCGAGGUAUCUAGAGGAAGGUCGCCGGUUCUUGAGCCUUUGCGCCACCUCAUCACGAACCUUGGACCCCCACCACUCGCUGUCACCUGGAACAGGCCUCAAAUUUCUACGAAUACUCCACCAUCAUACUCCCGCUUCCAGAACUUCAUGCUUCGGAACGCAUUCCGAAGUACUGAAUCUUUUGUGACUGCUAGAGCCGUCUACGAUGGAGGCGAGAGCAAGGAUUCCCUCUCCAUUAUUUGCAUCAUACUGCGACACAUUGAUGCAGAGAGCAUUGACUAUGACACGCUGUUGUACUGCUAUCUCAAGAUUGCAAGCCGCCUCUGGCACAAGCCUUUCGGGCUGCUCAUCGAUGCCACAUGCUACAACGGCCAGAACGAACCACAAGAUGAGCUCUUCAAGAAGCUUGAGCUUCUCACACCUGUCGAGCUGUCGAGAAAUCUCGUUAGGAUAUAUGUUUACAACAUGAACAGCGCAUUCAGGAAAUGCUUCCGAAGGCUCCUUCGGGUGUCCGCCAAGAGCGACACCAGCGUUUUUAAUCCGAAGAAUGUCGAUUACCACCUAAUCGGUAGUCUGCAGGACCUCCAGGCUCAUUUUCACUUGAGUCAACUUCACCUCCCCAAAGAAACAAUCAGCGUCGUCACCGACACACGUUAUGUGUUUCAACCAAUUACCCGACUUUCCAAGACUAAGGGUAAGAUUGAAGUUGUCAUCAAAGUUGGCAGCCAGUUCGUACAAGUGACAACCACAAAAAAACAGGAGGUCUUUCCUGGCUAUAGGUUGAGCACGACCGUCAAUGACAUAUUUCGUCUCGGUGAGGUGGAAGAGGCGCCGACUUCAAUCCAGACAGAAGAUGACUCUGCGUUUGGCCUACGCGCUGAUAACGGAAAGAUCGUCAUGUACUUUACCAGCCCCAAGAAGGCGGACGUAUUGCAGACGAUUCGCGGCGCAAAGGCCAAGUAUGGCAAGGAUACGAGAGCUCACAAGGCCUAUGAACGGCUUAUCCGCCCGCAGGACGUUCCCGGGACUCUACUUAACCUGGCACUUACCAACCUGUCAAGUUCCGAUCACGUGCUCAGGCUCUCUUCUUACAACCUGCUCGGGGCCCUGUGCAAGGCAUUCAAGUUCAGCGCUGCAUCAAAUUUGAUGUGUACAAAGGACGUUUCCGUACCAAUGGAUCCUUCACAUUUCAUCAUCAAAAUCAGCAGGCAACUGGCGAUGUCUGAGCCUCAGCUGACGUUCGAUUUCUUGACUGAGUUCUUCGUCGGCUGGGAGACAUUUGCUGAGGAGCAGAAGCAUCUCAGUCUUGCCUAUAUGUCACCAUGGCUUCCAGGCCUUCGCACAGCCGUGCUUGCCAAUGAAGCUGACGCGGAGAAAGGCAAAGAGAAGGUCGCGGUUCUUUUCCGAAAGCUGAUAGACGUGGCCAUGACCGAUCAUUCAUUGACCUAUACGCUGGAGCAAGUCGUAUGGCCCGCCAUUUACCAAGACGAGACGGUCCUGGAUAUUUUCCUUGAAGAACUCAUGCGGUCAGCUUUGAGUUUCAGCUACUCCGAGGAGCCCAUGGAGGCUCUUUCUUCUAUAGUGUCGGGCAUGGGCAGCAUCACACUACGUGGGAAGGUCAUUUCCCGGUUGCGAAAAGCACUGAACCGAUCUUCCCUCCGACCGACUAGGUACUUGCCUGACAACGCCGUCUGGGCAGAGAUUUGUGUGCUUCUACACUUCUGCCUGUCCUUGUCGUUUGAUAAUGGUGUGCAAUCUCAGCUUUAUCUACCGGAGAUCUUUCACAUUGUCACCAUACUGGCAAACACUGGCGCUCCAGAAGUGCGUCUCUUGGUUCACAGACUUCUUGUCAACACAGUUCAUGCGGCGUGUACGUCGUUCAAUCUGGACGACACCCGUUUCAAUAAGCUCAGGGGAAGCUUGGAUUUCCUAAGCGAACCAAGAAGCGAAAUAUUCGCAGCACCACCUCCGUUCCUGCGCGAUGGUGCUUCCAUGUCGACUACUCAAGACUCAGGCCCGUCGCUGGCUGCGACUGAGAACCUGGCUGCGUUGCUCUUCGAGGUCUGCUCUGUGGCUGCCCCAUCAGUGGACAUAUCCAAUGCCUGGAGGUCGCGCUGGAUGAGCCUCGUGGCCAGCACGGCCUUUCAGAACAACCCAGCAAUACAACCCCGCGCGUUCGCUGUCAUGGGCUGUCUGGCACGUGAGGAGGUGGACGACGACCUACUCUACCAAGUUCUCGUCGCACUGCGCAACAGCGUAGGUCGUCUAGGAGAUGACACCAACAGUGACAUGCUCAUUUCCAUUGUCACCUCUUUAUCCAAGAUGAUGGCAAAGUUGCCUUCUGCCUCGCGUUACGGAUUACAACUCUUCUGGCUUGCCAUUUCACUGUUACGGUUGGUUCCUCCAGCUCUUUUCAACUGCACGGCCCAGUUUCUUGAGGCUGUUAUGACCAACAUUAGCACAGUCGGGGACUUGCGAGGAGACAAGAUGGGGUCGCUUCUUCUCCAAGGUCGUGUGCAGUUAGAGGACGCUGCUCUAUCUCUGGACGAAGCUUACGGCAUUCACUUCACGCACGAAAAUUUUCAUUUUGCCGUGUGCGCCUGUCUGGCACGCGGCCUCGCCGACACCACUACCAAAACCAACGCGAUGCGAGUGCUAUCCGCAUUCCUCGAUAUGGCCGGCAACUCCACAGAUGAGGCAGGAAGACCAUCGGACAUCAUUUCACGUUCGCCCUACAUGGCGCUUAUCCUAGCGCGAACUGUUGGAAGUGAGGAGCUGAAAGACAGCCUGUGGCUGGCGGGUAUCAAUCCUUCCGUGCUGGGUGAUGUAACGAACACACGCAGAUACGAGGAUUUGAGUGGCAUGAAGGACAAAGAUCUGCUGUUGAACACCGCGAUUGAGUUGAUCGAUUUUCAGUACCUAGAAGACGCACUGCAGAACCGGACUCUCCGUUGGCUGACUGAGCUUGCGUCAGCAAGGCCGGCCGUCAUCAUGCAUCU